CCUUUCUUGUACUUUGAAAUUAACCUCUUUCCAUAAUCCGUAUCCGUAUUGAAUUGGUGUUUUAGAUUGUGAUUUUCCAAUUAUAUUUUAUUUUCAUUCUAAUUCUAGUUUUAAUUAUUGACUCAAUAUACGUUUUUUAUAUCUAGAUCCAUUUCUUCAGACGACAUUGUCAUCAGUUAUUAUUAAAAAGCAAUGGAAGGUUUUGAUGAUCCUGGCCUCUUCUUUUCUGACAACUUUGGAGGCGAUGAUGCCCAAAAUAAUAUUAAUAUCAAUCUUCAAAGUGUUAAAAAAAAGUUCAAGGACUUUCUUCGGCAAUUUCAUGAAGGAAAUUUUAAUUACAAAUACAGGGCUGCUGAUGUCAUGUGGCUGGCAAAGAGGGCUGAGAGAAUUAUAACAGGCAGUGAUCACCUUGCCCACUGCGAUAGAUGUGCUAUCUUUGCUCGCCUUGGUGAACUGACGGUCGUCAGAGAUUACAUCCUCAUGUGCUUGAUGUGUGUCAAAAGGAUACAGAAUACUCUAGUUACGUUCCCUACCACAACACCAGUCACCUCCAGCAUCGUUUCUCAAAUUGUGAAGAUUCCCGGAAUUGUCGUUUCUGCUUCUGGGAUAAGAGCCAAAGCAACCAAAAUUGCAAUCCAAUGCAGAUCCUGCCAAAACGUGAUUCCAGACCUCAACAUUCGUCCGGGUUUGGACGGCUAUGUACUACCUCGCAAGUGCAAUACAGAACAAGCAGGAAGACCCAAGUGUCCACUAGAUCCGUACUUCAUCAUCCCAGACAAAUGCAAAUGCGUUGACUUUCAAACUUUGAAACUUCAAGAACUGAAUGAUUCAGUUCCCCAGGGUGAGAUGCCUCGUCACGUCCAACUUUUUAUGGACAGAUAUCUGUGUGACAAAGUGGUUCCAGGAAAUAGGGUGAUCAUAAUUGGAAUCUACUGUAUUAAAAAAGUCAACAAAGCUAGACAGGGAGGUGGACGAGGCAAGGAGAGCUCAGUGGUGGGCGUGCGAUCACCCUACCUGCGCGUGGUCGGCUACAAAGUGGAGGCCGGAGGCAUCGGCUCCACCUCGUCGACCAUCACGGCCGAUGAGGAGGACUACUUCCGGCGACUGGCUGCGUCGCCCAACAUCCACGAAAAGCUCGCUCAGUCGAUCGCGCCAAGCAUCUUCGGAUCGGCCGACAUCAAGAAAGCUCUCGCUUGUCUGCUUUUCGGAGGAUCGAGAAAGAGAAUGCCCGAUGGUCUCACCCGUCGUGGAGACAUCAAUGUCCUGCUUCUAGGAGAUCCCGGAACAGCCAAAUCGCAACUUCUCAAGUUCAUCGAGAGAGUGUCGCCAGUGGGCGUCUACACAUCCGGAAAAGGAUCAUCUGCUGCUGGGUUAACUGCAUCUGUCAAUCGGGAUCCAGUCACCAGAAACUUUGUUAUGGAAGGCGGUGCCAUGGUGCUUGCUGAUGGCGGAGUGGUCUGCAUUGACGAGUUUGAUAAGAUGCGUGAAGAUGAUCGAGUUGCCAUUCACGAAGCCAUGGAACAGCAGACUAUAUCCAUUGCCAAGGCUGGAAUCACAACUACAUUGAAUUCGAGAUGCUCAGUGCUGGCGGCUGCCAACUCAGUGUUCGGCAGAUGGGACGACACCAAGGGUGAAGAGAACAUUGACUUUAUGCCCACUAUUCUCUCCAGGUUUGACAUGAUUUUCAUCGUGAAAGAUGAGCACGACGAAGGCCGUGACUCGACGCUGGCCAAGCAUAUCAUGAACGUCCACAUGACAGCAAAUCAGGCAGUGUCGGAAAACCAAGAAGGUGAACUCUCCUUACAAACUAUCAAGAAGUUCAUCAACUAUUGCCGAAAGUACUGCGGUCCAAGGUUGUCGGAAGCUGCUGGUGAAAAAUUGAAAAAUCGUUAUGUUUUGAUGAGAAGCGGCACCAGGGAACACGAAAUUGAGUCUGAGAAGAGGAUGACAAUUCCCAUUACUGUCCGACAACUUGAAGCUGUAAUAAGAAUAUCGGAGUCUCUAGCGAAAAUGCAGCUCUCCUCUUUCGCUACUGAAUCACACGUGGACGAAGCGUUGAGGCUAUUCCAAGUGUCCACACUGGACGCAGCUAUGUCUGGCACUUUGGCUGGUGCCGAAGGUUUUACAACAGAAGAAGACCAUGAAAUGUUGAUUCAAAUCGAGAAGCAAUUGAAACGAAGAUUCGCAAUCGGAUCUCAAGUUGCUGAGCACAACAUUGUGCAAGAUUUUCUUCGACAGAAAUAUCCUGAAAGAGCAAUUUACAAAGUUAUAAUGACAAUGAUUCGUCGAGGUGAGCUUCAGCACAGGAGUCAGCGCAAGGUCCUCUACAGAAUGCAUUAAUCAGCUUCACAACCACUGAUGAGCUAUUGAUUCAAUCACAAUCAUAUUCAACUAACCAUUUGAACUUCCUUUAAUAUGUAUUUUAUUUCUGUUUAUUUGAAUUUUGUUCAAACCUUGAAUCUUAUUCAGCUUAAGUUGAGCAGUAUUAGAUUUAAAUAAUCACGUGACCUCCCUAAAAUACUGAUUUAUAUUAGUGAUCUUCCUUCAAUACUGUUACAUAUAUUAUUACAUUUAUGUUUAUUUUCAAACCUUAACAUCUUAUUCAGCUUGAUUAAGUUAAGCAUUAUCAAAUAAUAACCAUGUGAACUCCCAAAAAUACUGUUUUAUAUUUUUCUUGAAUAAAAUCAAUAUUAUUCAGUUGA